AUGAAAGCCAACAACUUUAUCAACUGCUUCAUUCAACUCACUCUACGCCGUAGCACAGCUAGUGCAACAAGAAAAGAAAUGACAUCCAGCCUGGUGUCCCUAGAGAGAAGAAAGUUGGAUUUACAGAUAGCGUCAAGCCCUGCUUGGAUCAAUGCUUACUCUGGCCUUUGGGAUUACGAAACAGAGAAAUUUGCAGCGAUCAGGAACAGAAAAAUUGGGCUCUUGUACCGCCUGAUCCAACUUGGAAUCCUUGGCUACAUUUUGGGGUGGGUGCUUCUAGCCAAGAAGGGUUACCAGGAGAAGGACACCAAUCCCCACAUCUCUGUGGUCACCAAGCUGAAAGGGAUUUCAGUCACACACAUUAAAGAACUAGGAGACAGGCUGUGGGAUGUGGCAGAUUACAUGAAACCUCCACAGGGAGAAAGUGUCUUUGCGGUGACCAACUUCAUUGCAACUCCAAAGCAAGUGGAAGGCUUACUUCCUUGUCUCUGUCUUUUGCAGCAUCCCUCUAUUCUUGAUGGACAUUGCAGGCAAGAUUUGGACUGUUUUGCAGGAGAGCCUGUUGUCCAUGGAAAUGGUAUAAAAACUGGGAAGUGUGUCCAAUUUAAUGCCUCCCAUAGCAGCUGUGAGAUCUACGGGUGGUGUCCAGUGGAAAAGGGAGCCUUGCCUAGGAAACCACUUUUGGCCGAAGUGGGGAAUUUCACUCUUUUCAUUAAAAUCACCGCCCACUUUACCAAGUUUAAGCUCUCCAGAUACUGCCAUUUCUUUCUCGCCCCAGAGUUCUCUCUGGCAGUGAUGCCGCUGCGCUGCUUUUGCAAAACUUUAGCCGUUUGUGUGGUUUCCUUUAAGACCAAUGUUCUAGAGACAACAGAUGAUACCUACUUCAAGGGGUGUCGGUACAGCAACGGUGAAAGCCCGUACUGCCCUGUCUUUUGCCUUUGGGACAUGGUCAGCGCAGCGGGAGGAAGAUUUGAUGAGCUGGCCAUCCGGGUGGGUUCUCCUCCUGCGCUGAUCAGCAGCCUUCUUGGAUGCCUCUCCCAAACAAACUGGGACUGCAACUUUGACCAGCCUCCGUCAGAAUGCCAGCCUCGCUACUCCUUCCACCUCCUGGAGAAGGCGUCCAGUUUCAGAACUGCCACCUGUUAUCAGGAUCCAGUACACAGUCUCUCCAGGAGCUUGUUGAAACUCUACGGCAUCCAUUUUGACAUUUUGGUCCUGGACCAGGUGCUUUCCCUCAUAGCCAGUGCCCUCCCUGAUAGGUUUAUAGGAGCCCACCCGGUCGUGGUCCCUCAGGUGCUUGACAAGGCAUCACAGGGUGCUGUAUUUUGUGACCUUGUUCUGUUGUACUUUGACACUAAAGCCGAAUUUUAUCAGAGUGCGAAGUAUGAGGAGGCAAAGCCCCCAAAAGCCAAAGUCAACAUCGCUUUGAAACCAGAUGACUUACAAGGAGAAAAGGGAUCUUUGGCAGACGAGUGCCCGUCUGAAAGAGGAGAUGUUGGCACCUAGCUGGCAUUUCUGUUUAAACAUUUUCAGUUUGAAGAAGGGGCCCUUCC